CGGAAGUGGCUGCGGGGUUGGGGGGAGUUGCCAGGAAAGCGCCGGCUUAUCUUCCCGCUUCCACGGCCCGGGCGCAGGUGAAGGCGACUGCGAAACCUCGCGCAGCCUGGCGAUCCUGCUCCGGGCGCCUCCCGACCCUGCCCCGGACUCCUGGGCGGCGCCACCCGGCCCGGCUCCCCCGUGUCCCCGCAGACCCCCGCCAUGGGCAACACGAGCAGCGAGCGCGCCGCGCUGGAGCGGCACGGCGGCCACAAGACGCCGCGCAGGGACAGCUCGGGGGGCGCCAAGGACGGGGACAGGCCCAAGAUCCUGAUGGACGGCCCCGAGGACGCCGACCUCUUCCACUCGGAGGAGAUCAAGGCCCCCGAGAAGGAGGAGUUCUUGGCCUGGCAGCACGAUCUGGAGGUGAACGACAAAGCCCCCGCCCAGGCUCGGCCGACGGUGUUCCGGUGGACGGGGGGCGGGAAGGAAGUGUACCUCUCUGGGUCCUUCAACAACUGGAGCAAGCUGCCCCUCACCAGAAGCCACAAUAACUUUGUAGCCAUCCUGGAUCUUCCGGAAGGAGAGCAUCAGUACAAGUUCUUUGUGGAUGGGCAGUGGACACACGACCCUUCGGAGCCAGUAGUGACCAGCCAGCUCGGCACGGUUAACAACGUCAUCCAAGUGAAGAAAACGGACUUUGAAGUAUUUGAUGCUUUAAUGGUGGAUUCCCAAAAGUGCUCCGACGUGUCUGAGCUGUCCAGUUCCCCGCCGGGACCCUACCAUCAGGAGCCCUAUGUGUCCAAGCCAGAGGAGCGGUUUAAAGCUCCGCCCAUUCUUCCUCCGCACCUGCUGCAGGUCAUCCUGAACAAGGACACCGGCAUUUCCUGUGAUCCGGCCUUGCUCCCUGAGCCCAACCACGUCAUGCUGAACCACCUCUACGCACUCUCCAUCAAGGAUGGUGUGAUGGUGCUUAGCGCCACCCACCGGUACAAGAAAAAGUACGUCACCACCCUGCUGUACAAGCCCAUAUGAAGAGCCGGAGGCGGGCCCCACGCGCGCUCCCCAGCAGGGGGACGCACGAUCUCCAAGACCUUUCACAGCUGCCCUGUGCUCCCUGGAGGUUCGUCCAGGCCCUGCAGCCCCUGAAGAGCCCCGGCCCCCACGGCCUCCCGUGCUGCAGCCUCGGGGGCUCCGACGCGGGGCUCUGCAGCGCUGCCUCUCCCCUGCUCACCGAGAGCCUCCUGGAGCCCAAACAAUGCGGCCGCCUUGCCGACCACACUUGGAAGCAGGGGUGGAGGCCACACAGUGUCCACUCCCCCAUGCAAGGCCACUUCUCGCCCCUGCCGUGGCGUGCACGGUGAGUGCAGUGUCGGCCUUGCUGUCCUUCGAAAGCAAAGCAAUACGCUGGCUCCUCUGCUCCGGGGAGUGUGGUUUCUGUCGGAUUUCAAAGCCAUCUGAUUUCCAGAUGAAGCAUUAAGUCGUCUCUCACUGUGCACUAAGAACUUCUUUAACCAGGGCAGCCGACCGCACAGCCCUCGGUCACGUUUCAGUCCCCAGAGCUGGAGUCUAGACCACGGGAACUGCUCAGCAGUAACCUGCGCGCAGAAGGCGUCGCCAGGCUGGGACGCCGCCCAGCUCUCCAUGCCACGGCGGCGGCGGCGGCGGCGUGAAGGCUCCGGAAGCCCGUGUCCCCGUGCCCCUGGUUGGCAGAUGGGGCUGCAGCGGCAGCCGUUGCUUGUUCGAGGGGUGGGACACCGAGAGCCACCUGCAGGGGCCUUGUCUGGGAGACGCCCUGUGGGGCACAGCGCCCCGUGUCUAGGGCGGUGCCGCAGCUGUAUCCCGUGCAGGUCCUCUCACUGAGCUCGCAUCCCCUGGUUUCCCCUGGGAGAGGGAGGAACCAGCGCCCUGGUUCCCAGGGCUGAUCUGGUAAACCUGAGUUCUGGAUACCCCCUUUUUGUUACUGUUUUCAAAACACUGAACUAUUGUCACCUUGGCAUACGUUUGAAUAAACUUUGUAAAGAUGACUGGACGUGCACCCGGAGCCUGGUUUU